UGCCAAGAACCAAGCCAAGCCUAAACGAGCAAUGAAAAAAGUGGUGAAGAGUUAGUGAGGUGAGAGUUGGCCCCCCUUCUCUCCGCUUGCUGGGAAUCGCUACUACUACUAGCACUACUACUAGUACUACUACUAGUACUACUACUUCUGCUACAUCAGAAGUCAAUGAGGUUCAAGGGUUGACUUUUUGGAAACCUGGACUUUAUUUGAUUCCUAGUUCUUCGACUUGUUGAAGCCCUGUCGCACAGUCUGUCACGCGCACCAUCCAGCGCUAUACGUGAGAGCAAGAUGACGCCUCCACGAGGUUUUUUUACUUUUACGUUGUGCUUGCGGUACGGCUUGCUUCCGUGGCGCGGCGCAGGCGAGCUAGCGCCAACCCUCUUACCGGAGAACGUCACAGACGCCUUCAUCGACCGCUCACCGCAUUCCCGCUACGACGACUCACAGCAAGUGCGCACGGUCGUUGUAGAUACCGCCGCGGAGUUUACGGAUGAGGAAGAACGGGCGGGCGAGUCGGGUUUUGUGGAGAAAUCAAUAUCCGGCGAUUCCAGCGCGAUUGGAGAGUUAGAAGAAGCACCCUCCACCACUAAAAUUGCGGCGGAUGACCAGACGGAGCAAGGAGAUUUUUACCGCGCUGCCGGGGAGAAGGGGUUGCAGCGGAGCGGACACGGGAUUGGAGCGGAUUACUCAGAAGUCGGAACGAAUGACACGGAGUCCACAGGAUCAGGAGUGGUCAACUCGUUUCUAGUUACAAAAGCAGGCGCAUCCACAUCAACUUCAACAAGAUUGGCGGAUACCGUUCGCCACACAGCAAAAGCGAUCGGAGGGGUUGGCUCCAUGUACAUGGGACUACCUACCGUGUGGGGCGAACGGAUUGGUGACCUGGUUGCGAGAGGAACCCUGCGAGGAGGUAAGCUGGCCAUCGAGGCAGCGUGGAGACUCCAAGAGGCAAUACGCGAGAAGAUGAUGCACGGCGUGCAAAUUUUGUUUGACCUGUCGCAGCGAAAGCUCCAGGAGAUUUCCAAGAAGUGGGAAGAGCACAAGCAGAGACAUCCCAGCCUCGCGUGGUUUGCUGUGCACGUGGUGGAGGCAGAACCAGGUGCCCUAGUACGUCCUCUAGCAGACUUCAUCGGAACACAGAUCGCCGAUCACCACAGGAAGUUUUCGCUUUGGACGCACUUGCAGAAGUGGUUCUGGGAGGACCUUGGCGUGCUCAACUCCAUCCAGCAGCUGCAUGUUGUGACGGACAAAGAUUCCUAUCGCGAACUGAAAGGGAAAAGCGAAGCUGGAGACACCGACUACAACAAAAACUUGGUGUUCGAAAACCACGCAUGGCUCAACAGCCUCGCUGAUCGUGAUCGGGAAGAUCACUCUGCUCCUGGUCUUGACCGAUGGCGGAAAGCAGAGCUUUAUCGUACAAUGGUGUUUGCUAAAGCUGUGUACGAAGCGAACCCGAUUGACGCAAUCAAGAAGCCUGGCGCUUUUCUUAUAGAAAGCGCAGCGCCGGGGGUGACAGAUGAGGAUCGGGAGAUGAAAGACCACUCGGGAAGAAAGGAAUAUGUAGACGACUUUAGCAAUGUGGACCAGUUUGCGUACUAUAUCGACGCGAAGCUCAACGAGCCUGCGUACAUGAUCCUGCGGGACGACUUGUUGCAGGCUAUUGUCGUGGUGAUUCAAGGGACUGCCGGCCCGGCCGACAUCCGAACGGAUCUGCACUAUGGAGACUGCUGGGUGCCGUUGGCGGACUUCGGCGUCGGCAAUGAGAAGUUGCAUCACCAUUCUGUCGACCACGAAAAACAGGCCGUGGAGCACAACCCGCAUCAUCCGGCCGUGCACAAACACCCGGACCCGCAACACCGUCACUCGCAUGACGCAAAUCACAUUUGUACACGACAGAAGCACAAACGAGACAAGCAAACCCACUCCGUGAAUGAAAUGGUCCGAGUACACGCGGGCUUCUUCAAAGCAGCGCACUACGUCAGCUUCAAGACGUUCAAGCUCGUGCACAACAUGCUGAAACACGAUGAACAUGAAAAGUACAAACGUGUGAUCAUCACAGGCCACUCUCUUGGUGCCGCUACUGCUCAGUUUGUUUACGCCAUGUGGCGCGGAACGAAAGCGUUCCAUGACAUCGACCACGCGCGAAAGAAACACGCCAAGAAAGCGAACCGCGACCAUCACCCUAUUGAAGUCAAGUGCUACGCCCACGCGAACCCGGGCAUGAUCAGCACGCACGCCCAGGUGCACCAUUUGAAGGAGCAGGCGAGAAAAGGCACGAUCAAGGCCUCUGACUUACUUUUCCCGUUCAAAUCGUUUCUCACUACCAUAUUCACUGGAAAUGUGUCAAUGUUUGGGUGUGGCGGAGUACAAAACCGUUUCCAUGUCUAGGUACUUAUUCUGCAACAUGAGAGACUUCGCUCGUUGCGUCGCAAGAAAUGGACAACUUGUGGCACUCAUGUAACGCGGAUGUCUGUGUAAUGGCGUUCCACUAGAGAGCUAGCAUUACAUCACGAGCAAAGCUCGUAUCCGUAUCGUUCCAGACCCAGGCAUAACUUGGUUUGCAAUGCAUAGAUCAUAGCCGGCUACGACGUCGUGCCGCGUGUGAACUACCCAGAGCGGCUAAAGAAUAUGGCGGAUGCGGCUUUCGCUGUUCUAAGCACAGCCGACACGGAGUCCGAAAACUGGAACAGCGAAAAUUCGGCUGCCAGCGAUCUCUGGACAGCAGUCGACACAGCCCAGUCUGAAGAACUGAAGCAACCCACCGACGCGAAAUCUGGUGGAGCACUCCCGUCUGGGCAACUGGUGCUGUAUUUGCCGGGGCCACCGGAACCCGCACCACCAGAAGAAAGCCAUGUGGCGGGAGUGUUUGGCUUUGCAAUUGUUCAUCAAGAAACCUUUAAAAAUCCUAUUUUCAGCAUGAAAGCGUUACUUUCGCAUGACGGUGCGAACUACAUCGCGAAAUUGGCAAAGCUGUUUGUUUCUACUCCCAAUGGGCUGCUGCGUCCAAUUGCUCGCGACAGCAUGCAUUCUGCGUAAUCGCUUAUCUGUGAAUCCCGUUGUAGUUAUUUUUCUCAUAUGAAUCUGGUUGACGUUGAGUUCUGCUUUUGUUCGUAAAAGUAUUCUAUUGGUUUUUUUUUGCACUGCAAGCACUUUUUUUCCUUGUUUUCGUUUUGCUUGUAGAAAAUCGAUUUGCUGUCCCU